AUGUUCAGCGCAAAACAAGUAACUGCUAGUAAACAUUUCAAAGUUUUCCUUUAUGAAAACUCCUCAAUUCAACCACUCUCUGAAACAACCUUGAAGGAGGAAAAACCAAAGAGUGUCCACAGACUCAUUUUGGAUCAAAGUGGCAUUACCUUUGAGGAAUUCGUUCAAAAAUUGAAAACCAAAUCCAUUGUCACAGAUACCAGUUUCAAACUCUUCUAUCUUGACGAUCAAAAUGAUUGGGUAUCCUUGUCAGAUGAAGAAGAUUGGAAGAUUUUGAACUCAAUUCUCGCUUCUGAAACUGUUAUCAAGAUUGUCUGCCAAAAUAUUGUUCCAAAGAGUGAAACUGAUAACAAUGAUAGUCCAAAGGAUCCAUUUAGUGAAAUUUUCAAGAAUUUCAAUUUGCAUGGUGGUAGAAGAGGUCAAGGACAUUGUCCAUUUGGUGAUGCUCGUCCUCAAUCUGGUUGUCCAUGGUCACGUGGUGGUUGUAGAAGAAGAGGUGUUUUACUUGCUGGAUCCGAGAAUGACAGCAAGACUCCAACCACUACAACCUCCACAAUUAUUGUUGAACCAACUACUAACACAAGUACCUCCAAUAAUACAACAAUUCCCUCCACCAAUAAUACUAAUUUCUCCUCUACUAACAAUGACAUGAUGCCAGUUUCACCAACAACUGGAAGAACCAAAAGACCAACAAAUAAUCAUGGUUCUAGAUGUCGAUCCCCAUACAAGAAAGAUUCUCCUUCCAAAAUGAAAACUACUUUGGCAAAGGCUGCAGUCCUCAAACACCAAGACAGUGAGACAAGCUUUGGUUCUUCUUUAUAUGGUGCUGAGAGUUUCGAACAAUACACUGAGCUUAAAAGAGUUAGUUUAGAUUCUAUUAACAAGUUGGGUACAUUGAAAAACGCAAUGGAAAAUGGAAUCAAGGAGUUGUCAAACUUGUGGGAAAUUUUAACCGAGAUGGAUGAAGAGCAACCUGGUUCUCUCUUCCUUAUGGAUUUUGAAGAAGAUGGUGAGGAAACAACUCCUGCCUUCUCCAUGUCCAAUAGCCAAACGAGUUCAAAUAAGUUUUUAGACGUUUUGGUGAACAUUCCAUCUUUCAGAUACUUAUCAAGUGUUGAUGCCGUCCCCCUAUCCACGUUAACCAAACUUGAAUCAAAUAUUAGUGGUUCUAUUAAGAAGAAAUUAGGGUGUAAUUUCAAACUUUCCAAAGCUGUCAUCUAUGGUGAUAAGCGACAUGGUGGUCUCGGUCUCACGUCUCCUGUAGAUGUGUUAGACAUUGAAUGCACAGCAUCGGUCUGUAGAUUUGUGAACUCCUCAUCCACAAUCACCCGCAACAUUGCAAGGGCCUCGAUUCAAAAAGCUCUCCGAGGCAAAUCUACAGACUCUCUCUGGACAAAUGCAGCCUUAAAUAUCAACAAACUCAAUGCAUACUUCAAUCCAACAGAGAGUGGAUGGGUUCUUUGUGACAGAUCGUCACACAAACCCAUCACCAACUUACGAAACGAUAUUCUUGAACUCAAAAGAUCCAAAAAAACCAUCUCAGAGUUGGGCCAGUUAGAUUCAAAUCUUAAUUGGCACCUUUCAACUGUUUCCUUUUGGAGAAAUUUCCAUCUCUCCUACUAUCAACAAAGACUCCUUUUCCUAAACCUUCACCACGCUAUUAUUCUAGAUAACAAUACAACCUGUGAUUCAUGUCAAACUGCCGAAGACUGGACACACGUUUUCUCAUCGUGCUCUAAAAGCAACCAUGAAAAACAGGAACUGUAUGCUACUUGGGACAAUAUUUCCUCCAAAUUUAACCUCGAUCCGAUUCGUCUCCCUUCAGACAAAGUGAGGAACUGCCUUAUUAUUGAUUUUAACGGAAGCUGCUCUCGCAGCGAUAGGCUCUUAUGGUCAAAGAACAAAAGACUUCCUAAGGCUGUAGCUCUAGAAAUUUACAAGGCAUUCGCCAUUUAUUUAGAAAAUUGUUACAAAAACACUAUGUGGUACAACCGUCCCUCCCGACAACCUUUUAUCAAAAACUCAAAAUUCCAAUCAGCCUACUUUAGGCACACUCACUCAACGGCACUCAAUCUUAACCCAAAUCAUUCAAAUGUUGCACAGAGUCCUUAA